AUGUUCAUUAUCACAGAGGAAGGUGAUACGUUGGCGGGAUUUUCAGUGCAUGUUUCUGACACAACAGACUGGAAAGCAGGAACACUAUGUUAUAAGCACGAUAUUAAACAACCUCCAAAUAAUGCCGUCAUUGUCGACUGUCUUACCUCUGGUCGUUACGUCACCAUUUAUAAUUCAAGAAACAUUACAUCUGUACCUCUUUUGUCAGAAUUUGAUUACAUCAAUAUAUGUGAAAUAAAUAUUACAGGUUGUGAUGUUGGGUUUUAUGGAGAAAACUGCACAAAAUGUCCAGACAACUGCUUAAAUGACACUUGCGAAGUUCAAACUGGAGAUUGUUUUUGUUGUAAAGAUGGAUUUAGCGGCAGAAUGUGUGACGAAGAAUGUCCUUCCGCGCUCUAUGGACCCAAUUGUAACUUGUUUUGUAGUGAACCUUGUCAAAACAGAACAUGUAAUCAGUCAAACGGAUAUUGUUUCGCGUGUAAUGGAGCUCGCCUUGGUAAUUUAUGUGAAAAUGAACAACCCAUGAAAGCAAGUAUUGAUACUGUUCCAUUCUUAAUUGCAACAACUGUUCUUUUAUCUGCAUUAGUUGUUGCAUAUUCACUGUACAAAUUGAAACUGAAAUAUAUGUCUUCAAGACAAACGGCAGAACGAAAUAACGAUGUUUCGGAGGUAAUAACUGUUGACAGUAAAUAUGAAACACUACAAAGAAAGAAAGUCACGGGUGACGUUAACACCCAUACACCGGGGGAAUACAUGGAAAUAGACAGAGUUAACGCAACAGAGUACAUGGAAAUAUCAGCUAUUACUUCUGACGAUAUCGAUUUGAACAUGAAAUAG